AUGUUCCAAGCCGUCGUGUCCUGGCCUUCCGCUCCUGUGACGAAAUCGCUCGUGCUACAUGCUCUGAAAUCGCUCGAUGUUUCCAACUCGAUUGUCGACGAAGUGCCCGAGGGCGACGGGCCAAUCCUGUUCUGGUCGACUUACGACGAUAUUGACCAUGAAUCGGUGCAUUUGAAAAGAAGCGCGGUGCUCUCCUCGAGCUAUACCUUCCGGAAGGCCCUCAUCAGAAAACACUUUCUGUCGCGCUGUUUACACUCAUACACAACUAAACACCCCGAGUCACCCGUCGUCCAAGCUGUACCCAAGACCUUUGAAAUCGAGAUCUCGUUCGCAGAUGAGCUGGAGGAGCUGUUGGUAGACGAUCUUUGGGAACUUGGCAAAGAACUGGAAGCCAAGAAGUGGUGGAUCCUUAAACCUGGGAUGGCAGAUCGGGGGAAUGGUAUCCGAAUGUUCAAUAGCGUUGCUGCGUUGGAAGCGAUCUUCCAAGAAUUCGAAGAAUCUGAUGACGACGAGGAUCAGGCCGACGAUUCCACCACCGUGGUUACUUCUCAGCUUCGCCACUUUGUAAUCCAGGAAUAUUUGGCCAACCCGCUACUCUUUGAUCCUGCUGAAUGCACCCUGGAUGGCUCCCCCAAACCCUGUCUCGAUCAACUUCGGGGUCAUAAAUUCCAUCUCCGAGCUUAUUGUGUUGCAUCUGGGGCCCUGCAAGUCUAUCUCUUCGACAAAAUAUUGGCUCUGUUCUCUGCCGUACCAUAUUCGACACCCGUUGUUCGAUCAGAUCAAGACGGGGACCCUGAACCUCUCGAUCUUUCCGCACAUUUGACGAAUACAUCUCUCCAAACACACCGAGGAGAGGACGGAGUCAGAUUGUUCCGAGAACUUGAAACCUGUCACAUUAUGUCAGGGUCAACUAGACCCUUCACGGCAAAGGACAUGAGCCAAAUCAUCGAGCAGAUGGUUGUUGUGUUGCGAGAGACUUUCAAGGCCGCCCUGGAGAAUCCCAUCCAUUUCCAGCCUCUGCCAAAUGCAUUCGAGCUAUUUGGUGUGGAUUUUAUGGUCACUGACGAUUCAGAAGCGGACUCGCGAUUCAAUGUGUCCUUGCUGGAAAUCAACGCGGAGCCUGCCAUUGAGCUGACUGGCCCCAGAUUAUCUUGGAUCUUAUCAGACCUGUUUGAUGCCAUGGCAAAGACUUGUGUCCAGCCCUUCUUUGACAGCAGCAAGCAACUCGACGGAAUGAGCUGGGCUGUCGGAGCCAACCGAGAUGGAUUGAUCAAGUGUUUUGAACAGGAAGUACGAGCACCUGAAUAG